AUGACGCUCUCUACCCGUCUCUGGUCUUGGAGCCUCCCGUCUUUUGCCAUUCCGUUCUUAAGUGCGACGGAGAGGGAUGAUGUUCUCCCAUCCCAGUCCAAGUACCGUCUCGUCAUCAUCAUCCCGACUACGCCACCAGGUAUGGCUCCAGCUUACACAGCACACCGUUCGACGCAUGGAGGAAGAGCCCCCAAGACAUCUGAGACAACGUCUGGCCCCCUCCCAGGGUACCGUCUCUUGUACAACACCAAGGGGCCGAUACUUGGCGUCCGCCUCUCGUUCACCAGCCAGAGUCAGAGGCAGCGCGACCUCACCUUCUCGCGACCAUCACCGUCUGCUUCCGACCCCAGCAUCCACGUCCUCGGCAAGGCCAUGGUCUUGGUCGGAAAAUCCGUGAUCUUCUCCCCUACAGUAUCCUUGUUUCCCAGUCUCCUCAUCAGGAUAAACAAACAAGAUCAACAGAUACCCGACUCUACUUCACUGGCACUUGUAGACCUCUCAACCCUCUCUACAGCAUUCGACCGUCUCGUCGUCAUCGCCAACAUGUUCGACGCUCAGAAGGCCGCAGUGCCGUCCUUCAUGGCUCCUCCGACAUUCCUGCAGUCAAGGGCGUCAACCCUGACACCAAGCGACUCGAGCUCAAACUACGAUGAGAUGGAAAAGGACAUCGCGAGCUCUGCCGCAUCGUUUCAAGAUAUACGAAUUGAUCCCAUCCUACUCCCUCCUGUCCCGUAUAGCGAGCUAUCGAGAAUACCUUCCGCCAAGUCAGAACAAGCCGAGAUCGUAAAUAACGAAGACGAUCUCGAAUAUCCCAAGGGAAUGAAGCUGGCUUUGAUUGUCAUGGCAUUGUGUUUCAGUGUGUUUUUGAUGGCUCUCGACAACUCCAUCAUAGCCACCGCCAUCCCGCGUAUCACGGAUGAGUUCAAGAGCUUGAACGACGUCGGCUGGUAUGGCAGUGCCUACCUCCUCACGACAGCCUCUCUCCAGCUGCUCUUUGGCAAAUUUUACAGCUUCUUCAGCAUUAAGUGGGUGUAUUUGAUCACCAUCGCCAUCUUCGAGCUGGGCAGCUUGAUCUGCGGUGUCGCACCCAACAGUAUCGCUCUGAUCAUUGGCCGCGCCAUCGCGGGAGUAGGUUCAGCCGGCAUUUUUGCCGGAGCACUCAUCAUCCUCGCCUAUAGCGUGCCUCUCGAGAAGCGUCCCAUCUACACUGGUGCCGUUGGUAGCAUGUGGGGUAUCUCGUCCGUCGCUGGUCCUUUGCUGGGUGGUGUCUUUACAGAUAGUCUGACGUGGCGGUGGUGUUUCUACAUUAACCUGCCGAUUGGAGCCGUCACCAUCUUUGUCAUUCUCUUCUUCUUCCCUGAUCCCGUCCGCUCCAUUCCCCAAGAGACAUGGCGAACGCGCUUCAUCCAGAUGGACCCUCUCGGAAACAUGCUCUUCAUGCCGGCCAUCAUCUGCCUCCUUCUCGCUCUUCACUGGGGUGGCGUCACAUACCCCUGGGCCUCUGCCCGCGUCAUCGUUCUCUUCCUGAUUUUCGGCUUCGGCAUGGCGGGCUUCCUCUACUUGCAGUACCUUGGCCAGGAAAACGCCACAGUCCCGCCGCGCAUUUUCAAGCAGCGCUCAGUCUGGUCAUCCUCCUUCUUCGCCUUCAACACCGGCGCCGCCUUUCUUUUGUCUGUCUACUUCCUGCCCAUCUGGUUCCAGUCCGUUCAGGGUGUCUCCGCCGUCAACUCGGGAGUCAGAAAUUUGCCCAUGCUGGUCAGCAACAUCAUCGCUUCACUCGUUGCCGGUGCCGCUGUCACUAUCUGGGGCCUGUACACCCCAUGGAUGAUUCUUGGCUCGAUUCUCAUGGGAAUCGGAUACGGCCUCAUCUCCACCUUCAACCCCAACACAUCCUCCGCGAUGUGGAUCGGCUACCAGAUUCUCGCCGGUGCCGGAGUCGGCGCCGCUAUGCAGCAGCCUUUAAUGGCUGUGCAGGUGGUCCUCGACAUGGCCGACGUGCCCACGGGAACCGCCAUCAUCAUCUUCACACAAACGGUUGGCGGUGCCAUCUUUGUCGCCAUCGGCCAGACAGUCUUUACCAACAAGCUCGUGGAGAGCCUAGUCGAGUACAUCCCGACCAUUGACCCCCACUCCGUCAUCGCCGCGGGUGUGACAGCCAUCCGCAAGACCAUCGAUCCGUCCCUCCUGCCCGCGGUAGAGCACGCCUACAGCGACGCCCUAGCACAGGCGUUCCUAGUGAGUGCUGUGACGGCCUCGGCGACCAUCAUCGGCUCCGUGUUUGUGGAGUGGAAGAGUGUCAAGGGCAAGGAUGUCCAUCUCGGGGAUUUUCGCGUCCAGAGCUCAUCAUUUCCCUUUGUUCCUUGGCGUGAUUUCAGAAUGUAA